AUGAAUUAAAAUAAGAAGUUCAUUCUCAGUUAAAUGGAAAUUACAUUAUUUAAUUCUUCUAAAAUUGAUCAGACUCUUAACUCGUUCAACAGAAAUCCAUAUUAUAGUUCUGUUUAUAUCAAAAUAGAUUUAAUUAAUAAAAAUAUUAAAAUAUAAAAUAUGUCGAGUUCCUUAGAAAGUUAAGUAUUAUUUGCGCUAUGGGCUUUAUAUCAACAAAAUUAAAUCUCAAUGGAAUAAAAAGGAUGUAUCAAAGGUAAAUAUGUACUUUAUAGAAGAUUUAUUAAUCAGAAGAGAUUACAAUUUAUACUCUGCUAUUUGUAAUUGUAAAAAAUUAGAACAAUUAGAAGAAAAGCUACUUGACAUUUUGAAUUGUAUAGAUCUUUAAAUUUUGUUCUGAUUAGGCUUCCCCCAGAGACUUAGAUGCUGAAGAAACUAUUUGUCCAAUUAUUCGAUUAAGUAACCCAUCCAACACUCCAACAACAAUUAAAUCCUAUUAAAACAAACCUUAAAAGAGAUUUAGGUUUAUGAGUUCAAGUAAUGAAAGCGAAAUGGCCUAAAACAACUAAAGAGUCAGAUCAAAC